GGGGUCUCUUUCACAACAGACCAGCACGCCGACAGGACGCAUGGCAGCCACACUGGGUGGCAGCAGAGAGCUCAUGGCCACCAUCGCGGGCUACGUCCCCAGCGCCAAGGCCUUGCGCACGCUCCUGGAAGCGCUACCGCCCAACUUGCUCGGCGAAGCGUGGACAAGCGUCCUCCGUCUUCUGCAGCAUCCAAAACUUGACCCGAAUGCGAUCUGGCCGAUUGCGCAGUUCACGGCUAUCAAGGCCGUCGUUGCUCCCAGAGGCAAGGUCAACGUGUGGACACUUCCGGAGCUCGAGCCGCUCUGGGCGAUGGGCGUCGACGUGGUGUUCAAGUUCCCCUGCGACCACUGCGUCGACUGUCGACGCCUCGUGCCACCACAUCUUGUCUACAUGCAUGCCUUCGGCUUCCAACAUUCGGCUACCAUCAACGUUGCUCGAGGCGUCUGGACGAGCUGCGUGAUCCGUCUGCCGCCGUCCAGCACCGCGGACGAUGUCAAGCGCUAUGCGUCCGCAGUGGCGGCGAUGCCAUCGCUGCGCCACGUCAUCAUCGACCUCUCUCAGAUCGCGUACACACUCGAGUCUAUGCCACCCCAGUAUGAGCAUCGCGCCGACGUGUUUCCUGCUGCGCUCGAGCCAUACGUCUGGUCGACCCUCUCUCCGUCGCACGUUCGCGACGUCACGAUCCUCGGCAGCAACCUCUUGGCGACAACCAAAGGCGUCCAGUCGGCCAUCCAAUGGCUUUCGUCGCGGCCUCUGCGACGCCUCUGUUUGGCCGAAGCUAAGGUUGACGCCCAUACCGUCACCGCGUUCGUCACCGCGCUGCGCGACUGCACCACGCUCUCCACCAUCGAGCUCAGCUACGACCUCGUGCUUCUACCGGCGUUCUUGUCGGCGCCACUGCCACGUCAUUUGCGCCGCUUGCGCUUGUUUGUGAGCGACGAGCCGUACCACGCAGAGACGGGCUGGCACAGGAUCACGUCGCUUCCGGUGGCUCUCGUGACCACGGCCAUCGCGGGCUCGGCGUUGACGCACUUGUCGAUCGAUCUCGACAGUCUGGACGACCAAAGCGCCGCUGCGAUCGUGUCGACUGCGUUCCAGCAUAUGCCGUGUCUCGACCACUUGGAGCUGCUCAACGUCCGGCGUGCGCCGCCUCUGAACGCCGUGCUUGACGCGGGCGCGGCACGGAUUGCAGCACUCGAGUCGAUGCGAUUGCAAGAGCCGAUUGAAGACUACUAA